GUCUACAACUACACAGCGACUUGACAGCCGAGUAGGACAAUUGACUCGUACGCGUCUUCGCGUUGAAUACCUGCCGGUGGACUAUAAAAGUGAUUACUAGGCAGAGGGGCGCGUCAAGGCGCGUUCUUCUGGUGGAAAGGUGAUUCAGGAUGUUCUAUAGUCACGAGAUACUCACAUCUCCCGAGCACGGCGUUGCGACGAUCUGGCUGGUUGCUACCCUCGGCUCAAGGUCGAUCACGAAGAAGUUGAAUAGAAGAACAAUCCUCGACGUGGAUGUCCCUAAAGCAUGUGGCGUAAUUAUGGAUCCGGUGGCGCCGAUGGCGUUGAGACUUCAGGGCAAUCUCCUAUAUGGAGUGUCGAGGGUAUACAGCCAACAGUGUGGGUACGCGCUUACGGACGUCCAGGCAAUGCAUGAUAAAAUGAGAGCCAUGUUGAGGGCUAUACCGGGAGGGGGGUUGGAUCCGUCGGCUGGAAGGGCGAGGCCAGAACAGCUCAUCCUGCCUUAUGAUCCGAGCUUCCUCCCCGAGAACAACCUGCCUGGGAUGGGCCUGGACCUUUCAAAGCUGGAGGCAUCGCUUGAGAUAAACCUCAGCCAACAAUCGGGUCUCAUGUGGCCGAAGACUCCUGAUCUAAGCCAGUCAGCUUUGUCACAGACACAGACUACCGGUCUGAAUCUGAACCUUUAUUCUGAUGAUCAUGAUCUCGUCAUGAGGGAUGCGGGUGGAUUCAGCUCGGACACGAAUGUCAGUAGAUAUACUGGGAGGAAUUUCGAUUUCGGCGGUAUUGAGCGUCUAUCUCUGAAUGAAGAGGGAGGCGUGAUUCUUCAGCCCGACUUCGAAUUUGAUGAGGAUGGCAAUAUAGUAGAGCUUGCGGAGAACCGUCGUGACGAGGAGCGGCUGUACAGAAUGAGUGCUAUUCCGAGUGAACGGAGGCUUGCGGACGAGAUGAAGAUGGAUGAGAUCAAUAACCUUCUCAUGGAAGAUCAGGAACUGGAAGUCCUAGCCAGGGGUGAGCAAAGCAACCGGGCUACUGGCGCCCCAAGUCCCGUUGCAAACCGAGCUUCUGUUUUUGAGCCGAUUAGGGAAGAUGAAGUGAGUGUGGAACCAAGUGGUGCGCCAAUGCGCCAGAAACGAGUUCCCAAGCUCGUAAACUUCGACGACCAGAUCGCCCUGCGUAAUAGGGAACUCGCCCAUCUGAAUGAUAAUUACAUCGCAAAUAUGGCUGCUGUUUCAAAGCAGAAGCUGAAAAACAAACUUCCCACGCUGGCAAAGAAGAACGCCGCCUUCUGGGUCUUUGGUCAGGGUAUUGGCUCGGUUGGUGUCGGCGUCGGAUCAUACCGUGUCUCACAUCCGCUGGAGCUAUUCUCGGGGGAGCAAUUGAAGGAUGCUCUCGAUAUUGACCCCGAAACCCGGGGGAAGAAACGAGUCCAUGCCUCGAUUGAAGAGGGAGAUCCCGACUUUGAUCGAUGUGUACGUCCGAGGCUGGAGGAUGAGGAACAGAUUGGCCGGGCUCAUGAUGGUGAAUUGUGGAAUGAGGACGUUGAGAUCGGCCGUCACGCCCCAUCAGCUCUCCGUGACGACAGCUCUAUUCAAAUGCCAUGGAAUAUCACAGCGUCUCUCCAGAGUUCUCGACAGGGAUCGUCUGCUGCGAACGUCUUUCGAGGACUGGGAAGCGUCAGCGACUUCUCAUCCCAUGGUUUUCCAGAUGCAGGGCUUCGAAGACCACGCAGUCGUCUCACAAGCGCAAGUCCACUGGCCGCGCGUGGCUACCCUUUCGAUAUUGACGGCCUCAACAGACUAUCGAUUCCGGGAAACCAGGACGAUGACACGAAUCUGGAUGAUUUCGAUCUCAGCCAGUACUUACACACUGAAGUAGCGACAGAUAACGAGAGAGUUAUCAACGAUAAUCCAAUGGCAGAUACUCACCCAGGGACUAUCCAGUUGGACGAUUCACAAACUUCAAGCCUGGACCAGGAGAGUUUAAACUUCUUCGACUUCCUGACUACAAAAUUAGCGGCAGUAUCUACCAAAGCAGACGGCGAAUGUGAGAAUGAAACAGGCUCGCCCCGCGAGAUUGAACCAAACGAAACGUCAUUCACUGGGCUUCUUCCACCGCAGAAGACAUCUCGUAUUGUGGCUACUCAGGGCCUGAUGCAUGUUCUCACCCUCGCCACCAGGGGAAUUCUCUCCGUGCAUCAAGAUCCCUACGAAGAUCUGAGCAGUGAGGAGUAUGGAGUCCGAUACCAGUAUGGGGAGAUUCAUCUCAGCAUACCAGGUCUGUAGCGGAUUCUUAACGCAACUUUAUGAGUCGGUGUUUUAAAUGUUACUGCAGGGCCCAUUGGCACUGCGUUCAAUUUCAUUUGCUCAUUCUUCUCGAUGCUCCUCUGGUCCCCGAUAACUAAUGUCACAUCCAGCACUAAUCUCCCAUUAUCUUCGAUCCUAUGUAUUGAGUACCCAUUUAUGCUCCUCGGGCGAGCUUCUCAUGUUUCCUUCGUCAUGAUAGCCAGUCUAUCCAUCGGAAUGACCAUCCCCGCAGUGCGCGACGUUCUUUCUUUGUUUCUUUCAUCUCCACUGUAUGUAAGAGUCUGCUGGGUUUCGGGGUGCCGUGCACCACACCACCAACAGCACUCAUUCAUCUCAUCAUUGUACGAGUCACGGAGCUAUU